AUGAGCUCAACAUUGCAGCAAAGCACCCAGCGCUGGAAACCCCAGUGCAUCUAUCAAAUCCUGACAGAUCGCUUUGCUUUUUCCGAUGAGGAUCAUCCCAAAGCUCCAUCCACCGGUCGCAUGUAUCUCGGGGGAACCUGGCGUGGAAUCGCUCGUAAACUCGACUACAUUCAAGAUUUGGGAUGUACGGCUAUAUGGAUUAGCCCCAUCGUAAAAAAUAUCGAAGAUGUUACCGGCUACGGUCAAGGGUACCAUGGAUAUUGGGCCCAGGAUUUGCUUGACGUAAAUCCUCAUUUCGGUACCAAACAGGACUUGAUCGACCUUGUCCAACAAGUUCAUGACCGCAACAUGCUCUGCAUGGUCGAUAUCGUCGUCAACCACAUGGCCCAUGCUGGGUCAGGUGAAAUCGACUACUCCAAGUAUCGUCCAUUCAAAUCGGAGGCAGACUAUCAUCCUAGAAGGUACGUCCAAAAUUACGAUGAUACCAUCGAUUGUGAAACUGGUUGGCUUGGCGAUGAUACCGUCGGUCUUUUAGAUAUUCGUACAGAAGAACCUCGUGUCCAAGCGUUUUUUCAAGAUUGGAUUCGCGACCUCGUUCAAACCUAUCAUUUCGACGGCCUUCGUAUUGAUACCGUGAAGCAUGUUCACAGAGAAUUUUAUCCUCCUUUUAUUGAAGCCUCCAAAGUUUUCACCUUUGGCGAAGUCUUUCAUGGGGAUCCAAGAUACGUUGGAGAUUACCUUCAGUACAUGCCUUCUUCCAUCAAUUAUCCCCUCUACUACCAAAUUCGAAAAGCCUUUGCUCAGCUUCCUCGCAUCUCCAUGAAAGAAUUUUAUGACAAAGCUGUUUUAGAAGCCCGUGCUUAUAUUCCUGAUACAACCAUUCUUGGAAACUUUAUAGAAAAUCACGAUGUCCCCCGGAUCCUUAGCAUGACUUCAGAUUCUUCGUUGCUGCUAAACACUUUGGUCGCUCUUAUGUACUUGGAUGGAAUUCCCAUUGUUUUUCAAGGCCAAGAACAAAUGUUUGUUGGAGGCGAUGAUCCUGAAAACAGAAAUGCUCUUUGGAGCAGUCAUUACGAUACUACCCAUUUCAUGUUUAGUGUUCUCUCGAAAAUGAUUCACGUUCGUCAAUCUCUUAUUCGAAAAUUCCCUGAAUUCUGUAAUACUUUGUCUCGUUGUCUCUACUUGGACAAUCACAACUAUGUUUUCGAGCGUCCUGGUUGCAUCGUUUGCUUAUGCAAUGGAGGCUCAAAUUCCGUAUUUAAAUUUCCUGUAACAGUUUCGGUAGAACAAGGUUCAGUUGCUCGGUUUAUGGAUAUAUGGACGGAAGAAAUUUUCGAAGCCGCCCCAUCAUCACCCUCAACCCUGAAUCUCAUAGUCGAUGCAGGACUUCCAAAGGUUCUUGUUCACUUGUCAUCCAUACCCAGGUAA